AUGUCCUCUAGCUCAAUGACUAAUACAGGAUCCACAUUGUCUGCCGAUAAGGCUAGUGCCGUCUCGUCCCAUGAUUCGGGGAGUGAAUUGAGUAACUCGUCUUCCCAGCUCCCUGAAGUUGUUAGACCAUAUACCGGUGAUUCAUUCUCUCAAAAUAAUCAGGAUCUUGAAAAUGGAUUACAGGAACCUACUGACGAUGAAAAACUGAUGAGAGUCGACACCCAUGCCGACCUCUCCAGGGAACUGUCUAGAAAGUUGACAGGUGCCGACACAAUCAAAAAUGACGAAUCCACACCAAUUCCAAAGAUGGGGCUGGAUAAGGAUUACCCUCCAAUGUUACCCGACUCUUCCGCAUAUACGGUCUCCUUCAACGGACCAGAUGAUCCUUUACAUCCUCAUAAUUGGCCAUUAAAGAAGAAGUUGAUUCAAUGUACCUUGAUUGGAGCCAAUACUUUUGCAAUUGCAUUUGGUUCUGCAAUUUUUGCUCAGGCGGUUUUGCCUUUGUCUAAGAUUUAUCAUGUUCACACAGUUGUCACAACCUUGUCUGUUACCUUAUACGUGUUGGGAUUUGCUACAGGUCCCGUCAUUUGGGCACCAUUGUCUGAAAUUUAUGGUCGGAGACCAGUUUUGGUGAUGUCCUCAUUUGCGUUUUGUUGUUUUAAUUUUGCCGUUGCAACCUCUGAUAGAUUGGAGUCCAUUCUAAUUUGCAGGUUCUUUGCAGGUUGUUUAGGUGCCGCUCCCUUAGUUGUUGUCCCGGCAUCCUUUGCAGAUAUGUUUGGUAAUCAAACCAGAGGUACGGCAAUUGUUGUUUUUUCAAUGUGUGUCUUUUGUGGACCAUUAUUGGCACCUUUUAUUGGAGGUUUUAUUGUCGCCAAUCACCGUUUAGGUUGGAGGUGGACGGAAUUUAUUACUGGUAUCCUUGCUGCUGCUUCGUUUGUGUUGAUUAUCCUGUUUGAAGUUGAAACACACCAUCCAAUCAUCUUAGUGGAAAAGGCAAGAGAAAUCAAAAGACGUACAGGCAAUUGGGGGAUCCAUGCACCUCAUGAUGAGUUCGAAUUGUCAAUCAAAGAAAUCGUUGAGAAUAAUUUAACAAGACCAAUCAGAAUGUUGUUUACAGAACCAAUUUUAUUGUUGAUCACCAUUUAUAAUGCAUUUAUUUAUGGUAUGUUAUACCUCUUCUUGACAGCAUAUCCAUUAGUUUUUGCUGGUGGUUAUGGUAUGGCACCAGGUGUUGCUGAAUUGCCUUAUUUUGGUUUAGUCAUUGGGCAGUUCUUAGGAGGUCUGUUUUGUAUCUAUUGCGAAAGAGAUUAUAACAAAAAAAUGGCCGCCGCAGGUGGUAAAAUCAUACCUGAAAACAGAUUACCUCCAAUGAUUGCAGGUGGUGUGGCAUUCCCAAUCGGUCUAUUAUGGUUUUGUUGGACUGGUAAUUACCACGAACAUGUCCAUUGGAUCGUACCAACUAUUUCUGGUCUUUUCACCGGCUUUGGUUUGAUUGCAAUCUUUAACCCUUCCAUGAACUAUAUCAUUGAUGCCUACUUGUUGUUUGCUGCUUCCGCCAUGGCGGGUAACUCCUUCCUCAGAUCCACAUUUGGUGGUGUCUUUCCACUGUUUGCCUCCUUCAUGUUCAAAAACAUGGGCACCAAUUGGGCAGGUUUAUUGCUUGGCCUCUUUGCGGUUGUUUUGAUUGCAUGUCCCGUCGGAUUCUUGAAAUACGGUAAGAAAUUAAGACAGAAAUCUAAAUUUGCAUUCGAUUUAUCAUAA